AUGGGCGCCAAGAGCAGGAGGGCCGCCGCGGAGGGCCGCGCCCCUGAGCGGGGCGCCGGCGGCGGGCCGCGCUACGCCACGCGGGAAGGCUGGAGGUUCGGACGGCUCGUCGUGACGCUGUUCGUGGCGGUGGCCGGAGUUGUGCUCGGGGCCCACGCCGCGGGAAAGCCUGGCGGAUUCUGCUCGGGUCGUUGGCGGCCUGGACCACCGGAACUGGGCUGUCCGAUGGAAUUUGCGCUGAGAUCACGGUGCACAGAAGUGGCUCCGCCGUCCAAGGGCGCCCGGACUUAUGGGGGCCGCGCGGAUUGCCGCCGCUCCAGACCAUGGGCACCCUUGGAUUCGGAGCCCGGCAAGAGCAGCACGGUGAGGCUGAAGGACUCGCUCGGCGAGUACGAGGUCAAGUACACCGUGCCCGAUGGCUGCCCGCCAGGAGGAACCGUCAAGUUCUUCCACUACCACUGA